AUGUCUGUAGAAAUAGAAUCAGAAGAUAUUAUUCGUCUCAUUUUACAAUUUCUCAAAGAAAACGAUUUACAAGAAACAGCAAAAGUACUAGAGGAUGAAACGACUAUCAAAAUAAAUACUAUAGAAAAUAAGGAUGCAUUUAUAAAAGAAAUUAAAGAAGGAGAAUGGGAUACUGUGCUUCGCCAUGUGUCUGAUUUAAAGAUCCCUUCACGAAAAUUGAUGGAUCUAUACGAACAUGUUGUAUUAGAAUUAGCAGAGAUGCGGGAAAUGGGAGCUGCACGUACUUUACUUCGACAAACAGAACCUAUGUUCAUCCUUAAGCAAAGACAUCCUGAACGAUAUUUAAGAUUAGAACAUAUAUUAUCUCGAUCAAUAUUUGAUCCAAAGGAUAACUAUCCCCAAGGCAUGACAAAAGAAAAACGACGACAGAUAAUUGCACAAGCUCUAUCUAAUGAAGUAACAAUGGUUGAGCCUUCUCGUUUAAUGACUUUAUUAGAGGAUUGUAUUAAAUGGCAGCAACAUCAGGGUUUAUUACCUCUAGAUUCAAAACUUGAUUUAUUUAAAAGUUCGGAUCAACUUCAACAGACUGAAGACGAUGCUUUCGCUCAUACAAAAUAUGCAGAAAUUAAGAUGCCUGGUAAAAAUACAUAUGCUGAAUGUGCAGCAUUCUCGCCCAAUGGAUUAUAUUUAGUAUCUGGUUCUGUAGAUGGAUUUAUUGAAGUUUGGAAUUAUAAAACUGGGAAACUUAGAAAGGAUCUCAAAUAUCAAGCAGAAGAAAAUUUAAUGGCCAUGGAUCAAGCAGUACUUUGUUUGAGUUUUAGUAAAGAUAGCGAGUUGUUAGCAUCUGGCUCCACAGAUGGAAAAAUAGCUAUUUGGAAAUUACAAACAGGUUAUUGUACACGCCGAUUUUCGCCAGCCCAUAGUCAAGGCGUUACAUCAGUUUGUUUCAACAAAGAUUCUAGUGAAAUAUUGAGUUGUAGUUUUGACAAAUUGAUCAAGAUUCAUAAUGUAAAGACAGGAAAAUUAGUCAAGUCUUUCGAAGGUCAUUCUACUUUUGUCAAUUCAGUUAUUUAUAAUUCCGAUUAUACAAGAAUUAUUAGUGCCAGUAGUGAUGAAACUAUUAAGGUAGAAUGA